GGCACCUGUGUCUGAGAGGUUUGUGCCUGCUGGUGUCCGCGUCGCUCUCUGGUAGGGGCGUGAAAUUUUGUGGCUACGGCAUUUGGUCUGGAAUGAACGGCGCUCUUGGUGGAGGCCGGGGAGCCGAGCCAGAGCCAUGGCCAGUACAGUGGUAGCAGUUGGACUGACCAUUGCUGCUGCAGGAUUUGCAGGCCGUUAUGUUUUGCAAGCCAUGAAACAUAUGGAGCCUCAAGUAAAACAAGUUUUUCAAAGUCUACCAAAAUCUGCUUUCAGUGGUGGCUAUUAUAGAGGUGGGUUUGAACCUAAAAUGACAAAACGAGAAGCAGCAUUAAUACUAGGCGUAAGCCCUACUGCCAAUAAAGGAAAAAUAAGAGGGGCGCCUGGACGAAUUAUGCUUUUAAAUCACCCAGACAAGGGAGGAUCUCCUUAUAUAGCAGCCAAAAUCAAUGAAGCUAAAGAUUUACUAGAAGGUCAAGCUAAAAAAUGAAGUAAAUGUGUGAAUUUUAAGUUCUUGUUAGUUUAUGUAUAUGCGUGCUAGCUUUUUAUAAUAAAAGGCCUCAAAGCUACAAAUUUUAAAAAUGA